CGCAACCUUCGGUUUUUGAAAGUUUGCCCACAUUCCCAUCUCGACUACUCAAAUAAUUCCCCUGGAUUUUUAUAAUUUCCUACAAAUAAUUUCCUAAUUUUGUUGUAUAAUUUAUUCCCAGAAAAUCACUUUCAUUUCGUUAUUGACCCACUUCCCUGCUUCUCUCUCCUCCUACUAGAUACGUUACCCUCGAUUCAACUUUCCUGUUUUUUGCAAAAUACAAAAGAAAUUCUUUUCUAGGGUUUUCCAAUUUUUGCUAUUCAAUUUCGAUCUUCCCUGAAAUUCCCAAUUUUCGUGUGAACGCUAGUGUUUUGACGAAGAUUUUGGAAGGAGAAAAAAAAGUGUAUUUCUGGGGUUUUUCUACAAAGAGGAAAACAUUUCUAGUCGCCUUAUACUUCAAUUUCAAGCCACAGCUAUUUGUAGUAAUCUCCAAUUUAAUAGUCUAAAAGCUGGAAUUUUGUGGGGUUGAUGCUUCUGGGUUUGAUUGGCUUUGCAUUUUGGUGGGGUAAAGUUAAUUGCUUGUUUACUCUUUGUUUUAACAGUGACCCAUUUUCAGGGUUUUGUUUCAGAAGAGAUCUGGUGCUGUAAAUUCAUGUGAUUGCAGGAAAAGGGUAUGAUUUCUGGCUUUCUGUAAUUCAGUUUUUACCCUGUUUUUAUUGGUUAUAUGCUUGGAGUUUUUGUGGGAUUAUUGGGAUUAGGACUCAAUUUUGUGGGGAUUGUGGAACAGUUGACUAUGUGUGAAAAGUAGUGAAAGAAUUAGUUUGAGGUUCAUAUUGUUGUGGCUGAAUUUGGUUAAAGAGUUUGUGGAUGGAUAAUUCGAAUAUGUCGAAAAAUCAACCAAAUGAUUACUUGGGUGUGAACAAGAUUGGGAAGAACAUUAGGAAGAGUCCAUUGCACCAGCCUAAUUUUGUUAAUAGUGGUACUACUAAUAAUAAUGGUAACAACAACAACAACACAGCAAGGCAGCAACCACAACCCCAGGUGUAUAACAUUAGCAAGAGUGAUUUCAGGAGUAUAGUUCAGCAGUUGACAGGGUCGCCUUCACGGCAAGAUCCUUUGCCAAGGCCGCCUAAUAACCCCCCUAAGCACCCGAGUAUGAGGCUUCAGCGCAUUAGACCUCCACCAUUGAAUCCUAUUAAUCGCCCUCCAAUGCCGCCAGUGGUGGCAGCUCCGGCUUCUAUGCAAAUGCAACCUCCGCCUCAAGGUCAUCAUAUGGCACCACCUCAAGUCCCAUUCAAUAAUCGACCACCACCUCAAUUUGGUCAGCGCUCCCCUAGAGGGAUGCAGCCAUUUGCUCCUGGUGAUGCAGCUUGGGGAAAUCCAGCACUCUCUCCUAUAUCAGCCUAUAUGCAGCAGCUACAAAGUUGUAUCGGUGAUGGUGGCUCUAGACCGAAUCAAUUCCAACAGCAACCGCAGAUGCCAGGACAAUAUCAAACUCAACCUCAGAUGCAGCCACAAGCUCCAAGGCAUAUCCAAAGUCAACCUCAGGCGUAUCCACAACAAGGUCCUGGGCAUUUUCAAGGUCAAGCACAACACCCUAUGCAUCAACAAGUUCCUGGGCAUGUUCAGGCACAGCAACCACCAUCUCCCGGUUUGCUUCCUAACCCGAACAUGCCACCAGGUCCACCAUUUCCUUCACCGGGAUCAAAUGGUCCUGCCCUUUUGCCAUCACCAACUUCCCAGUUCUUGUUGCCUUCACCAAAUGGAUUCUUUAACAUGUCUCCAACACCGAGGUCUCCAUAUCCUCUCCUUUCACCUGGUAGUCAGUUUCCACCGCCAUUGAGUCCAAACUUUGCAUUUUCACCAUUUGGUCAAUCUGGGAUUUUGGGUCCAGGCCCUCAGCCACCCCUUUCUCCAGGAUAUGCAUUUCCUGUAUCACCUUCUGGCCUUUUCCCCAUGUCAAGCCCAAGAUGGAGGGAUCCUAGCUUUUAGAAAUUGUGAAUGACUUGUUAGAUGGCUGUGGCAUGAUUGUUUAGAUGGCAGGCACAUAUCCUUCAUUGUAGGAUUCAUUUGUAUGUUGUGCAUUGAAAUGAUCUGUACAAUCUGAUCUUAGUUGUUCAGUGGAAAUUAUAGCUUUUCCGUGGCCCUUUGUCCAUACUGAUUAUUGUGAACAUGAGAGAAGUGAAUAUCAGCUGUUAGUUGUUGGUUCUCUGGCAAAGAAGCCCUCUUCUUGUUGCUCUGGUAUGAUCACACAAAUCUCAAGAGGAAGAGGCAAGAUAACCACCCAAACAAGCUGGCAUAUAACGUCUCAACAGUAUACUAUGUAAGCAAACUAGUCAACAACUUAGCAUACCUUCAUUGUUUUUUUUUAUUUUUUAUUUUUUUUUAUUUUUUAUUUUUUUGGUUUAUUUUAUUAGGUAACUUGUUUUUCGUAUUAAUAUCAUGUAGAACAAUAAGCAAUUUCAGCUCUUUACCAGUUGCUUAGGCAUAAUGGUGUCUAUUGCUUCUGUAAAGCUAAUUCAGUGCUUAUAGAAUCUAAUAUACAUGUUUUUUUGGGGUUUCAUUUGUGAUGUUUUGUUUGAAAUUUGCAAUAUGCAAUCUGAUUAUUUUGUUUUC